UGGCAUCUCAACAAAAGAACCUAUAUGAUGCUCUGUGCCCCCUCUGUCGAUCUAAUUUCUCACUGUAACUCAUGGCUUUGCUCCUUGUGGCAUUGUAAUCACCAUCAAACUGACAUGUUUGCAUACAUGAUCUGGUACUAGUGCUAGUCCUAGCAGAAGUAUAUUGGCAAGAACCUUUUGACAUCAGAUUUUUCUUGACUGGCUUCACGGCUAGUGCAACCUUUCUGCACGCAUUCCCACAUCACACACUCGCCACUAAAAAGCCACUCUCUGAUUCUCUCUGUUUCUCCCCCCUACAAGACACAGGACACUGAAGACUGAACCAGAAGUCCAGGACACAGACACUUGGCUUUUGAGAGAAACAUAUAUAGCGAACUCCUUUUGCAGUGCCUGCACUCAUUGCUCGAUCCUUGUGAGAGCUGUGUGCGUGUGCGAGAGAUAGAAGACGAACAAAAGAUGGGCGUGGCGACGGUGACGGAGCUGAAGCAGAGCGUGAGCGUCUCCGGGAAGAAGAUGUUCCGGACGAGCCUCAGCAAUCGCCACGCCAACGAAUGGCCUCCGACCGACGUCUCCAGCGACCUCACCGUCGAGGUCGGCACGUCCAGCUUCGCCCUCCACAAGCUGCUCGCGCAGUUCCCGCUGGUCUCCCGGAGCGGCAAGAUCCGGCGGCUCGUCGCGGAGGCCAAGGACGCCAAGCUCGCGCGCCUCACGCUCCACGGCACCCCUGGCGGCGCCCCGGCGUUCGAGCUGGCCGCCAAGUUCUGCUACGGCGUCCACGUCGACGUCACGGUCGCCAACGUCGCCAUGCUCCGCUGCGCCGCGCGCUACCUGCAGAUGACCGACGACUUCUCCGACAAGAACCUCGAGCUCCGCGCCGAGGCGUUUCUACGCGACGCGGUGUUCCCCAGCAUCGCCAGCUCCGUGGCCGUUCUCCGCACCUGCGAGGCGCUGCUCCCGGCCGCCGAGGACGUCAACCUCGUCGCCCGCCUCAUCGCCGCCAUCGCCAACAACGUCUGCAAGGAGCAGCUCGCGUCCGGGCUGCUGUCCAGGCUGGACCAGAGCGCGCAGCUCAAGCCGCAGACGGUGGGGCUCGUCGAGCUCGACUCGCCGGGGCCGGGGGACUGGUGGGGCAAGUCGGUCGCCGGCCUCGGGCUCGACUUCUUCCAGCGGCUGCUCUCCGCCGUCAAGUCCAAGGGCCUCAGGCAGGAGACGGUCACCCGCAUCCUCAUCAACUACGCCCAGAACUCGUUGCACGGGCUCAUGACCUGCAGGGACAUGUCGGCCGCGGACAAAUGCGGCGGCGUCACGGACACGGACGCACUCAAGAAACAGCGCGCCGUCGUCGAGACCAUCGUCGGGCUGCUGCCGGCGCAAUCCAAGAAGAGCCCGGUGCCGAUGGCUUUCCUCUCUGGGCUCCUCAAGACGGCGAUGGCGCUGUCCGCGUCCAACACGUGCAAGACCGACCUCGAGAAGCGGAUCGGCAUGCAGCUUGACCAGGCCAUCCUCGAGGACAUCCUGAUCGCCACCGGGUCUUCAUGCGCGACGACCUCGCCGACGCCCGCCGCGGCAGCUGUGCAACAGCACCAAACUCUGUACGACACGGACGUGGUGACGAGGAUCUUCUCGGUGUUCCUCAACCUCGACGAUGACAACGAGGAGGACGGCGGCGGCGGGUUCGAUUAUGACAGCCCGCGGUCCCCGAAGCAGAGCGCCCUGGUUAAGGCUUCCAAGCUGCUGGACAGCUACCUAGCCGAGAUCGCGCUCGACUCCAACCUCGUGCCUUCCAAGUUCAUCUCCCUUGCCGAGCUCCUCCCCGACCACGCCCGCCUAGUCACCGACGGCAUCUACCGCGCCGUCGACAUCUUCAUCAAGGUGCACCCGAACAUCAAGGAGGCGGAGAGGUACCGGAUGUGCAAGGCGAUCGACUGCCAGCGGCUGACGCCGGACGCGUGCAGCCACGCGGCGCAGAACGAGCGGCUGCCGGUGCAGAUGGCCGUGCAGGUGCUCUACUUCGAGCAGAUCCGCCUGCGGAGCGCGAUCCAGUCCGGCGGAGGAGGCGGCGGCGGCGGAGGAAGCGUCUUCGGCGGGCACGACGCGGCGCUCUUCUACGGCUGCGCGGCGGCGGCGGCGACGGCGCAGGGCGGCAACAACAACAACAUGCGGUCCGGCAGCGGUGUCGGGAGCGGCGCCAUGUCGCCGCGGGACAACUACGCGUCGGUGCGGCGGGAGAACCGGGAGCUGAAGCUGGAGGUGUCGCGGAUGCGGAUGCGGCUGACGGACCUGGAGAAGGACCACGUGAGCAUGAAGCGGGAGCUGGUGCGCGUCAACCCGGCCAACCGCCUGCUCCGGAGCUUCGCGCGCAGCUUCGGCCGGCUCAACACGCUCUUCCGGAUGCGCCCCGCCGCCGAGCCCGGGCUGCAGCAGCUCGGCGCCAAGGCCACCGCCGAUGCCAAGGUGCUCUUCCAGCGCCGCCGCCGGCACUCCAUCUCUUAAUUAGAACACCACAAGCCGAUCAAGCGAGUUCUUGUGCGGGGUUCUAGUACGUGUGCAUAGGAGGUGAUUUUACUUCGUGAUUGAUCAAGUAUAAUCAGCGUUUCAACACUUGCUCCCGAUUCUUUUGUCCGGAUUGCAUGGUACGUACUCUUUUGAUAAUUAAUGUGCAAAUCGUCCGUACGUCUAGGAUUAUCGAGCCAAACCGUGCACUUCAUGUAUGGAUUGUGGAUGAUUAAUGUGCAAAGUGUUUACGUGUGUCAAAGUCUUAUAAUUGCAGGAAUAUUAAUUUCAAA